AUGGUCAUGAUCGUGCCCUUGGUGCUGCUCAGCCUCUGUGCAUGGAGUGCCGCCCAAGAAGCUGUUACUGUUGCUCUCGACGGAACUGGUCAGUAUACCGAAAUCAACUCGGCUAUCUCUUAUGCCCAGAUCAACAAUAUUGCUACGGUUACUGUCAAGGCCGGCACAUACACUGAGGCCAUUUCGAUCCAGGCAACCGCUACCGUCACGAUCGUUGGCGAGACCGCAGCUACCGGCAGCAGCUACUCUGACAACCUCGUCACAAUUACCAACGACGGUGGAGAUGUGCCGCCCGUAACAUUCGUUACAAGCACCUCCAAGGGAGUGGCUUGGAAGAACCUGAACUUCGUCAACUCCAAUGCGAAUUCUGCCGCUGGAAUUAUCUCCCUCCGGGGCUCCCGGAACGCAUUCUAUUCUUGCCAAUUCACUGCCGCCGGGCAAGUGGGUUUUACAGGCAGCCAAGCCACGGGCAUUAUCGCGAACUCGUACAUCCAAGCCGCCGACAAAGCCAUCUACUCUUACGGCAGUUUAUAUAUUUACCAAACUACCAUCACUGCCACCAACAGCAACGCCCUUCUGGUGUACAACAAGGGCGCGACCGAUUCCACUGGCAAGCAGUACAAUUCCACAGUCGUUUUCGAUACUUGCCAAGUAAUUCAGAAGCCGGGAAGUACGAACACGAACGUCUUCUUGGCUGCUGCAAAUGGCGCAGGCUCUGUGGUUGUGUAUCGUGACACAUCUCUUGCCAGUUUCAUUGCGAGUACUGGUGUGCAUGUCGAUGCGACGACGCAAGACUUCCGCAACACCUACAUUGAGUCUGACACCACCGGCCCCGGAAGCUACUCGAACAAGCCUGCUGCUCGUAGCCCCUACGUCUCACUGGUCACCGAUGUCACCGGCCUAGCUCCUUAUGACAUCUCGGUCUUCUUCAGCAAUGUGUAUCCUACUGUUGUGGCCACUGACGUUGAUUGGGUUGACGCACCCAUCCUGGCAUCAAUCCAGAGAAGCACAUCGGGGUCAACCACCACCUCGACAUCCUCAUCCACAACGAUCUUCCAGGAGUCGAGCACCUUGAGCACCAUCGCCACAACCAGCACAUUCAGCACACCUAGCACCUCGAGCGCCAUUAGCACUUUCAUUGCAAGCUCCUACUCGACUGUUAAUUCCAGCACCACAACUUCCGCUGAUACUCAGAGCACUACUGCCAGCCUUGGCACCAGUACUGGUGUCGCCGCGACUUCCGGAACUUCAUCAACUAGCGAAGCUACGAUUUCCAGUUCGGCCGUGAUAACUACAAGCGUCGCGGCCUGUCUUCCGUCGUCAAUGCCGUCGACAGCUCUAAUUGUCGGCCCGGCAAACUCCUCGUGCGCCACUUAUAAUAGUGUUACGGCUGCAAUUGCUGCCCUGCCUGCUGACACAACCACCCAGUACAUCUACAUCUUGGCCGGUACUUAUAACGAGAAGGUGUCUCUUGUGCGGACGGGAACCACCAUCAUCCGAGGAGAAACUGAUAACGCCCUCUCCUCGUCGUCCAACAAGGUCACCAUACGGAAUGCAUCGGGCGUCCUCUCCAGCGCUGGUAACUCUGCCGGUACCGCCACAUUCUCUGCCAACAAGUACGAGGCCAAGCUAGUCUCGUUCUAUAACAUCAACUUUGAGAACAACUUCCCCUCGCAGACGAACUACAUUGCGCUGGCGGCCUACUCCAAAGGCACAAAGGUGGCUUUCUACAGCUGCAACGUCAAGUCUUCCCAAGGUUCUAUCUAUCUCGACUACGGCAAUGUCUUCUUCAGUGGCGGCCGCAUUGAGGGCACAACUGACUUUGUCUGGGGUAUCGGCGCGGGAUACUUCUACAACUCGGUCAUUGUGUCCACGGACACUAUCAUCGGCCAGAGCAUCGCCGCUCAACGGUAUCAGAAUGCCUAUGGAGGUUCCCAACUGGUAUUUGACGGGUGCGCUGUAGUGCCAUCCGGCCAGGCUGUUUCCCAGCAGACAGUUUACCUCGGCAGAGACUACAGUACGAAUGCCCAGGUUGCCUUCAUCAACUCCUACCUCGAUGCGCAUAUCUACGCAGCCGGAUGGAAGAUCAGCAACGCAGCCACUUUCACUGGCACUUUUGUUGAGGCGAACAACACAGGCCCUGGAGCCAGUGCUUCCGGGCGCGCUUCAGUUGUUCAGAUUCUGUCAGACACCUCGGCAUAUACCGUGAAGAAUAUUCUCAGCGAUGAUAGCUGGCUGGACUCUGCUGCCAUUGCUCCUCACCAAGUCUGGCCUAGCUCAGUUUAUGCGGUAGCGACGACGACUCCGUCGAAUGUUACAACCACGACUGUGGCCACUCAGACUGGUUCGGCCGUUGUUACGAACACCACCUCGUCUAUGUUGAAUACCUUCACUGUGGCUCCUUCCCCAGCCAGUGGCGAAUACAGCACGGUGUCUUCCGCUAUUGCAGCUCUGCCUGCCGAUGGCAAGGAAUACACCAUCUUCAUCAAGGCCGGAACCUACGAGGAGCAGGUCAGCAUCACUCGUCGGGGUAAGGUCACUCUCCGUGGUGAGACGCCGUUUGAAAACGAUUUCACCCAGAACACUGUUCUCAUCAACUUCAGUCGCGGUGUGUCAACCUCUCUGGGCCAGAACGAAGAUACACCCGUGAUGGACUGGAAAAACACAAACGGCGAUGGCCUUGCGCUGUAUAACAUCAACUUUACCAACACAUACCCGCAGCAGGCGAGCACUGCUGCCCUUGCUGGCGACUUCUUCGGCACCAAUAUGGCGGCAUAUGGCUGUGCCUUUAGUGGGUUCCAGGACACCCUUCUCGUGAACCAAGGCGUGCAGGUGUUCAGUAACUCGUAUAUUGAGGGCAGCGUCGACUUCAUAUGGGGCUAUAGCAAGGCCUACUUCCGGCAGUGCUAUGUGGCUUCCAACACGCCGAAUACUUACAUCGCUGCCCAGAACCGGCCAAACGCUGAUUGGGCGGGCGGUUUCGUCUUCGACAAGUCCGUCAUCACGUACACGUCAAGCUUCGGUUCAAACUUUGGCACCACUUUCUUAGGUCGUCCUUGGUCCCAAUAUGCCGUUAUCGUCUACAUGAACUCUUUCUUGGACAAACAUAUCUCCCCUGCUGGCUGGAGUGUUUGGCAACCGAGCAACCCACAGACGUCGAACGUCCUGUUCGGUGAGUACAACAACGUUGGCGGGGGCAACUGGACCGACGCCCGUGCCUCUUUUGCGACCGAUCUCACCGACGCCCAAGCCGCGCAGUACUCUCUGGAAAACUUCAUUGGCAACACUGGCUGGAUUGAUGCGAAGGCUUACGCCUACACGCCUAGCUACAACCUCACUGCACUGGCCAGUGCCUCUGACACCACCGUUCCCACCUCCCCGGUUCUGACACACCCUACAAGUGGAAGUGAGCCACCGGCAGGAGCAGUGCUAGUAGCAGCUGAUGGAAGCAUUCCAGGAGCUUUCACCAAUUUGACCGCAGCUCUCGCAAGCCUGCCUUCUGACACGAGCAGCCAAGUUAUUUUCAUGUACCCUGGAACGUACAACGAACAGGUCCCUUCCAUCAACCGGCCCGGCCCCAUCAUGAUCAUUGGAUACACAAGCGAUGCCCCUGGCAAGAGUUACAAGAACAAUCAGGUCACGAUAACCCAAGCUCGCGGUCUUUCUGUCAGUCCCGCCCCGGUUGGACAUAGCGAUGCAGAGACGGCUACGAUUGCCACGGCCAGUUCACAGAUCUCUUGGUACAAUAUUGACCUGGUCAACCGGGAUAACCUGGAUGGUGCCAUCGCUAGCUAUGUAACUCUUGCUGCCAGCAUCUACGGAGAUAAGAUUGGCUUCUAUGGUUGCUCCUUUGUGGGAUGGCAGGACACGCUGCUCACUGGCGCUACAGCGGGCACCCAGUACUAUGAGAGCUGCUACAUUGAUGGAGCUAUUGACUUUAUCUGGGGUUACUCCAAAGCGUACUUCAAGGGCUGCACCAUUGCUGCCAAGCGAGCCAAAUCUGCCAUGACCGCUCAUAGCCGCUCCAGCCUGUCAUCCAUCGGCGGCUAUAUUUUCGACCAAUGCCUCUUCACUGAGGCCCCCACUGCCACUGUUGAUCUCAAAGGGAUGGUCUACCUUGGCCGCCCAUACUCUCAGUAUGCUCUCGUCGUCGUCAAGAACAGUUAUCUCAGCGAUGUCAUCCAGCCCGCUGGCUGGAAGACUUGGUCCGCCUCGGACCCUCGCACCGAUCACGUUACCUUCGCGGAGUACAACAAUACCGGCCCGGGUAACUGGGAAAACAACAUUGCUGCGCGUCAAGCGUUCCAGAACUGCACCCUCCUCACCAGCGAUGAAUACCCUCUGAGCAAGGUCAUGCCAAGCACGGACUGGAUCGACAUGACCUACUGGGACCAGAUCCAGAUCCCUGAACCUGACGUUGUGCCUGUCACCCCGACCACCCCCACAGUCUACGAUGGUACUAAGCCUCCUUCGGGUGCUUUCAUCGUGUCCAAGACUCCGAUCGAGGGCCAGACUACAUACGACACCAUUCAGGCUGCACUCAACGCCCUUCCUACUUCGAGCAAGAUCGCUUCUACAAUAUUCAUCUACCCUGGCACAUACAACGAGCAGCUGACCCUGAACAAGUCGGGCACUACCAUUCUUCUUGGCUAUAGCUCUGCAUCUGGUGACUACUCUCAGAACCAGGUUACCAUCAGCUUCAACAAGGGCAUCGACACGCAGGCUGAUGCUUCCAACUCUGACUCGGCCACUGUUUACGCGACAGGUAACUAUCUGCAAGCAGUGAACAUCAACUUUGCAAACACUUUUGGCACUGAUAACAACUAUGCUUCCCUUGGCUUCGCUGUCAAGAGCAGCAGGUACGCCUCUCUGUAUGGUUGCCAGGUUUACGGAAACCAAGACAGCUUGCUCAUCAACGGCUUCUUUUUCGCAUCGAAUUCAUACAUCGAAGGCAACAUCGACAUGAUCUGGGGUGCUGGUGCCGGUUAUUUCCUCAAUAGCACCAUCGCCCCCAACCGCGACGGCAUUGCCCUCACUGCCAGCAAACGCGCGACGAACACCACCGCUGCCGGCUUUGUGUUCGACCAGUGCACCAUUACACCCGCCAAAGGAGCCAAGUACACGUCUAUAUCUCUCGGCAGGCCGUGGAAUGCGUUCGCUCGCGUCGCUUACAUAGACAGCUAUCUUGACUCAUGUAUCAAGACGACGGGUUGGGAUCAAUGGACUAAGACAGACCCUCGCACGGAUGGGGCUGUCUUUGGCGAGUUCGCCAAUGACGGACCUGGCUCUGAAUUAUCGUCCCGAGCUCCCUUUGCCACCAAACUCACUUCGGAGACCGCCGCCCAGUUUGAGCUCGCAAACUUCUUCAGUGUUGUAUCGUGGAUCAACAUGACCCUAGUAUCUGCGACGCCGUUCCAGGCUGGUGCCAUCGUUAUGCCUACUACCACAGUGACCAGCACUAGUACUUCAAUCACGUCGACCGAGUCUAGCAGCAUUCCGGUCACAACCACGACUGUCUUCACCACCCAGGUAUCUACACUGACGGGGACCUUGCUCGUCUCCGUUCAAAAGCCUGAUACCGUUAUGACGCUUAAGAGUACUUUAACGAUCAACGCUGCGACUGCCAUCACCCCCCCUCCUGUGGCAAAGACGACCGUCGUCAAGUCUACAACUACCGAAGUUGCUACUAUUCAAGAGCCGGAUUUCACUGUUACCCAGAAAUUGGCUACGACUGUCAACGUUGGCACUACAAUUAGUCACGAUCCUGUCGUAGCUACCUCCACUUUGGUCGCUACCUCAACCCGCACUGAGGUUAUCACCCAGCAAGCUAAGCCUCGCACUAUUACAUCCACGAUCACCACCACUCGCUGGACCACCAGCACCCCCAAAGUCGUAACUACUACUCAGGUCAUUGGCGCCACACAAUUUUUCACCAAGACCAUAACCCCCAAGCCUGUAAUCAUCAAGAAAACUGAGACGCAAACUAUUGGCGACGGCGGCGCAACAACUAUCACAGCCAAGGCUCUUGUUACCACUGCCACAGUUUACACUACCAUUACCCGUGUUGCCGAAAAAACAACUACAAUCAAGUGUAUCCCUACCAAUGGUCUGACCGAGAGGUCAUUUGCAGAAUUUGAGGCCAACGACAUGGACAUCGCGGCUGGAUACCUUGAGGCUCGAGCCGUUGGCGAUUGGACGGUGACUGUCACUAUACUUUCCACUUUCAGCACCAACAUAAAGACAUCAACAAUCUCCUUGCCCGGGAGCACCGCCACGACUGAGCUCAUCACAACCAAGACGGAAGGAAAGCCUGUCACUUUGAAGCCUGCGACCAUUUUUGAGACAAGCGUGGCCGUGCGAACUCUUACCUCGGUGACUACUCUGGCCGGAACCCCUUCCACGACAACUAUCUUGAAAGUUGUCUCCGCCGGCAAGACCACCACGCUCAAGCCAUCAACCAGUACUGUCGUCGUUGAAGCUACGCAAACGGUGGUCGUAAAAUCUACCACGAAGCUGGAUGCCAUCACCCAGAACGUGGUCAAGACGCAGACCCAGGUUGCCACCAGCGUACUCCCUCAGCAGACGGAGAUUGUGACCCGUCAGGAAAACUCAUCGAAGACGCAGACUGUAGUUCUUCCCGUCCAAACGUCGACGGUCUGGACGACGGUACGCUCUACAGCGAAGCCCUCUGCUACCAUCACGAACCGCUCAACGAUUACCAAGACGAAGACCCUGCAGGUUGGCGUGACGGUGACCAGCUGGGCGACCCAAACGAGCAAGAACGCCAAGGCGUGCACAGCGGCCUAG